AAGAACCAUUUCUGGCAGAGCUCCACACAGCGCUGGGCUAGACACUAAUUUGCCAUGGCAGAUCUCGUCAUGCUAGAAUUGCUUCCACGGACAUGGUUUCUGUUCCUCUUCCCCCUCUUCCUCUUCCUCUUCCUCUUGUUUGUGCAUUAUUAUUGGUUCACUGUGAAUAGGAAGACAGGAAAAAGGCAGCAGCAAGAAAGCCACCUCCUGCCUUCUCCACCUUCUCCACCGGCAUUGCCCAUCAUCGGGCACCUACACCUCGUCGGCUCCCUCCCGCACGUCUCCCUCCGCGCCCUCGCUGCAAGGCAUGGCCGCGACGGCCUCUUGCUCCUCCGUCUGGGCGCUGUGCGGACGCUAAUCGUGUCGUCGCCGCGUGCCGCGGAGGCGGUGCUGCGCACGCACGACCACGUCUUUGCAUCACGGCCCCGCUCCAUGGUCCCCGACAUCAUCUUGUACGGCUCAUCCGAAGUCGCCUUUGCGCCAUAUGGCGAGCACUGGCGGCAGGCAAAGAAGCUCCUCACGAACCACGUGUUGAGUGUUAAAAUGGUGCAGUCUCUCCGCAGCGUCAUCAUGGAAGAGGUGAGCAUGGUAAUGGCCAAGAUUAAUGAGGCCACCAUAGUAGGCGGUGUUAUGGACAUGAGCGAACUGCUGAAGUCAUUCACAUGUGACAUUGCAUGCCGCAUCGUUUCGGGAGAAUUCUUACUAAAAGAAGGACGAAGCAAGUUGUUCCAGGACCUCACUACGGAAACAUCACAUCUUCUCGGAGGGUUCAACAUGGAGAAGUUCUACCCAACAUUGGCUAGGGUAGGACUACUUAAGAGGAAAAUUAGUGCAAAGGCUGAGAGAGUGAAGAAUAGAUGGGGUGAUCUGUUGGACAAGGUGAUCGAUUAUCAUGAUAGCAAGGACAAGUCAAUAUUUGAUCGCACGGGUGGCAAUUUCGUAGAUAUUCUAUUAUCUGUUCAAAUGGAGUAUGGUCUCACAAAAGAGGACAUGAAAGCUCUCCUAACCGAUGUAUUUUUUGGCUCAACGGAGACGUCAUCUAACACCCUCGAAUUCACCUUGGCUGAGCUCGUGAGGAGCCCAUGCUUGAUUGGGAAGCUACAAGACGAGGUAAGGAGUAUCGUACCGAGUGGACAAGAAGUUGUCACCGAAGCUGACAUUAGCAAAAUGACAUACCUAAGAGCAGUCAUAAAGGAGUCACUCCGACUUCAUCCUGUCGCGCCUUUACUUGUUCCACACCUGGCUAUGAUUGACGGCAACAUCGAUGGGUACAUGGUUCCAGCUGGGACACAUGUCUUGAUCAAUGUAUGGGCCAUUGGUAGAGACUCUAGCUAUUGGGAGGAAGCUGAAGAGUUCAUACCUGAAAGAUUUCUAGAUGAAGGUAGUGCCGCGGGUGUCAAUUUCAAGGGGAAUGAUUUCCAGUUCUUGCCGUUCGGGGCAGGACGCAGGAUGUGUCCUGGUAUAAACCUCGGAAUCGCGACCGUUGAGCUUAUGUUGGCAAACUUGAUGUACCAUUUCGACUGGGAGUUGCCGCUUGGGGUUGAGAGGAAAGAUAUCAAUAUGACAGAGUUAUUUGGGCUAACCAUGCGCCGGAAGGAGAAACUUAUGUUAGUUCCGAAAUCACACAUGUAGUUGGAUGGAUAAAUUCUUCAAACCUAAGUAUUUUGUGAUACCAGUAUACUGUUGUGAAAUAAUUAAGGGAAAAUCAUGCAAUUGGCGGAGCCAAGAUUUGAUCAUAGGAGAGGCUAAGGAAAUAAUAACCAAAGAAGUAUACCAUAUGUUGUACAUUUUUGUUUGAAUUACCGUGUAAUUAUCUACUUAUGCAACAAUAUAUUUUGUGAG